AUGGCUGUACAGGAGCUCCAAGCAGACGCAAACUCGAGGCAACCAGCAUGCGACCCCGACAUUACUACGGCCUGUCUUCAGGCGGUGGACGACAGUAAACAAAACUCAUCUAGUAUUUCCCCAAAACUGCAUGACUUCUUGGCUAGCCUUCAACACCGUGGGAUCAAGGCCUUUGCAUCACAUGGACGAUCGUUUCCGCCUGAAGCAAUGAUGCAUGACCGAGCAGCUGUCGUCCCUACGGUUAUAGUCUCGCCCCGAAGCGAAUGGGGCGUUAUGGAAACAUUAAAGUUGCUCACCUCCCUGAAACUCUACGACGAGCAUGCUGUCUCGGUAAGAAGCGGAGGACACGGAUAUCACAACGGAGGAUCAUGCUCGGGAAUCAUGAUCAAUUUGGGAUGCAUGGCAAACCGACGGAUCGUUGACAAUGUUUUGUUCUUGGAACCUGGUUGCAUCUUGGGACAACUUAUCGGUACUUUGGUGGACCACGAGAAGGCAGUCCCUCACGGCGACUGCUUCGGCGUCGGGGCUGGGGGACAUUUCCUCACUGCGGGGUGGGACAUCGCCCUGGCUCGACGCUACGGACUCGGGUGCCAGUCAGUCACUGGCGGCCGUAUUGUUCUAUGGGAUGGAUCGGUCGUCGAUGUGGAUGAGAAGAACCAUCCGAAAUUGCUAUACGCCAUGCGCGGCGGCGCCGCAGCAGGAGUGGGAGUGGUUACAGAAAUACGGCUGCGGCUGAUAGAUCAGCCUCCCUUGGUUUCCUGGCGUUUCCAAAGCCUGUCCAAAGCACAGCUGGAGAUUUGUGUGGCCCAUCACGCCUUCGCAAGCGCCGCGAACCUGCCUAAGGACAUAUCGAUAUCGUUCCGCUUCUACUUCGAGCCGGAUCAGCAUGACCCGGUAUGCUCGUUCAACGUCGUCAGUAUCCUGCCUGUGGACAAGACCCUCGAAUGUCUCCAUGAGCAUCUGGAUAGUGCAGUUGCGUCUAUCGUAGCUGAGCAGUCGGAGUGGCAUGAGAAGUCACUUGUGGACUUGAGAAUGGUGCCAGCUUCAGAAGCGCUGACCGCAAAUCCCCAGAUGCUGGCAGAGGUGACACCUGUGGCACUGCAUGAAAGCCCUCUGACCUACUGGAAACCGACCACAUCGUCGCGUGAAAUGGCAAGGUCGUAUUUCACCUCAGUCUCGCAUUGGGUUGUUUCUGAGUGCGAUGCCGUCUUUCUAGAGCUAUAUCGUGCCUUCCAGUCUGUCCGAGCAGUACAUGCACGCGAGCGAAUGUAUGCGCUCGUAGUUCAAGGUGGUGGCCGAAUGACGGAGUUGCAGCAUCAGUGUUCGAUGCCGCUUGGUCAAGCCCUGGCUCGCUUCGAGAUGCAUUGGGAUGCCCCCGAGGAUGAACGGUGGUCUAGGAGUUUCACGGACAGGAUAUCUGGGAUCAUGGAAUCAAAGCUGGAUCGUGGCCCUAGCCGACCAUAUCGCGGCGACAUCUGGCUAAAAGAGCAAGAACGAGACGACACACUGGAAGCGAUACUCAAGUCCUAUGAUCGCCGUUCAGCCGUUUGA